GCUCAUCUUCUUAUCUGAAAGCACACCACAACCACUUUCAGGCAACAGUUCAUCUUCUUCUGUCAGGGGAUUAUUAGACAAGAAAUAAUGGCACAAUCUUUUCCCAUCAAUUCCCAAGUGCCAUACAGAUUGCGAAGUGCUCACCCAGAAUCAUUUCAACCCACCACCAUAUAUCUAUCCACCAUCCAUCCUUUCAAUCAGUGGAUCGCAUGCUAUGACUCGAAGGCCAUAGCUGUGUUCGAAUCCGUUUUUCAGAAACAACCCACAAAAAAGACCUCCCAAUAGCUCGAGUGUUGCUCAAAUUCCUUGCCCAAAAUUCUACUCUCUCCAAAGACUCUGUGUCUCUAGAUGGAGAAUCCGAAGACUCUUCCAUUAAAGCUGAUGAAGAAAAACUAAGAGACAACAUUGAUGCUGUUUAUCUUGUUUUGGGUUUUUUGAGAGAUCUCUUAGGCUCUCAGACUCAUUUCUUACACAAACAUGAUCAAGAUGUAAUUGAAGAUAUCAUAAAGAUGGAUAAUCAGCUCCCUCUCGAUCUCAUCCUCAACAUCAUUGAUCAAAUUCCUUCUUCAAUUGCUAAAUUUCGGGACCUAAAGUUGCAGGGCUCCUCUUUCUUCCAAAAAACAGGGGAGAGCGAGCUUCAUCGAGAAAUUAUAACGGGAGGAAACAAAAGCUUUAUACAAAUUCCCUCGAAUUUCCGACUUGAAAUUUCUAGAGAGGGGUUUCACAAGGUCAUUCGUGCCUUCUGUCGGCACUACUCCCCUUUCGAAAGUGGGAGAACAAGUUCUACCUCUGAUGAAGAGUUUUGGCCUAAAUGUAUGGAUAAACGCCACCUUCUCGAAUGCUUACACUUCAGUCUAGUGCGAGAACGAAACCACCUCAAAGUAACCAAAAAUUGCACCAAACCCAUGCCCACAGCUAAAGAGCUCGAGAAGGCUGGAAUCCGAUUCGAAAGUGGGGAAUGGGACAUUUCUGAAGUUAAAUUUUCGGGCAAGGUUCUCAAAAUCCCAGCUGUAGUCCUAGACCAGAAGCUCGAAAUAGUAGGUAGAAAUCUCAUUGCGUUUGAGCGAUCAAAUUGUAGAGAGACAGAGUGGCCGAUGACAAGAUUCUUGCAGCUAAUGAAUGAAUUGAUUGACGAUAGCACUGAUGCUCGGGUUUUGGUGAAGUUUGGAGUUUUGAGAUGGGGAGGCUCUAAAAGGGAGAGAUUUAUCAAUAAUUUGCGAGAAGAUGUGGGGUAUCCUGCCGUUCACUCUGCGUAUCCAGCCAUUGAUGAAGCUCUGAAAGAAAUGAAAGAGUAUUAUUGGAAAAGGAGUGGAUUUAUUGCAAGGAAUUUGCCUUUUCUUUUGGUGGUGUCCUCUUUGGCUAUGGCUGGCCUUGCUUUAACGGUUAUGAGAGUCAUGAAAAAGAAGGGGUGAUUUUGAAUUGCAACGGUAACAUUUGGCGGCAAAGGCCAGUGAAGAAGGGCAGUCUGGUGUGCUGAAUACUUGGAACACUUGAUUUUCUCAUUGUUUCCCCCCAAAGGCAAA